GCCGGGCGGCCGGGCGCGGCGGGCCCAGGGAGGCAGCUUCCAUGGAGCAAAAGGAAUGCCAGGACCCUGCCCAGACAGACGUGGGCCAGCCUCAGCACCGACAGCCCGCUCUCAGAUAGCAGAGCCGUCCGCAGGGUUGAACCAUGAUUCCGGUGACAGAGCUCCGCUACUUUGCGGACACGCAGCCGGCGUACCGGAUCCUGAAGCCGUGGUGGGAUGUGUUCACCGACUACAUCUCCAUCGUCAUGCUGAUGAUUGCGGUCUUCGGCGGCACGCUGCAGGUCACCCAGGACAAGAUGAUCUGCCUGCCGUGCAAGUGGGUCACCAGGGACUCCUGCAACGACUCGUUCCGUGGCUGGGCGGCGCCCGGCCCAGAGCCCCCCUACCCCAACUCCACUGUCCUGCCGACCCCUGACACCGGCCCCACGGGCAUCAAGUACGACCUGGACCGGCACCAGUACAACUACGUGGACGCCGUGUGCUACGAGAACCGCCUGCACUGGUUCGCCAAGUACUUCCCCUACCUGGUGCUUCUGCACACGCUCAUCUUCCUGGCCUGCAGCAACUUCUGGUUCAAGUUCCCGCGCACCAGCUCGAAGCUGGAGCACUUCGUGUCCAUCCUGCUCAAGUGCUUCGACUCGCCGUGGACCACACGGGCCCUGUCAGAGACAGUGGUGGAGGAGAGCGACCCCAAGCCGGCCUUCAGCAAGAUGAACGGCUCCAUGGACAAGAAGUCAUCGACGGUCAGUGAGGAUGUAGAGGCCACCGUGCCCAUGCUGCAGCGGACCAAGUCUCGGAUCGAGCAGGGCAUCGUGGACCGCUCGGAGACGGGAGUGCUGGACAAGAAGGAGGGGGAGCAGGCCAAGGCGCUAUUCGAGAAGGUGAAGAAGUUCCGGACCCACGUGGAGGAGGGGGACAUCGUGUACCGCCUCUACAUGCGGCAGACCAUCAUCAAGGUGAUCAAGUUCAUCCUCAUCAUCUGCUACACCGUCUACUACGUGCACAACAUCAAGUUCGAUGUGGACUGCACCGUGGACAUUGAGAGCCUGACAGGCUACCGCACCUACCGGUGCGCCCACCCCUUGGCCACGCUCUUCAAGAUCCUGGCGUCCUUCUACAUCAGCCUGGUCAUCUUCUACGGCCUCAUCUGCAUGUACACGCUCUGGUGGAUGCUGCGGCGCUCCCUCAAGAAGUACUCGUUCGAGUCCAUCCGUGAGGAGAGCAGCUACAGCGACAUCCCCGACGUCAAGAACGACUUUGCCUUCAUGCUGCACCUCAUCGACCAGUAUGACCCGCUCUACUCGAAGCGCUUCGCCGUCUUCCUGUCAGAGGUGAGCGAGAACAAGCUGCGGCAGCUGAACCUCAACAACGAGUGGACGCUGGACAAGCUGCGGCAGCGGCUCACCAAGAAUGCGCAGGACAAGCUGGAGCUGCACCUCUUCAUGCUCAGCGGCAUCCCCGACACCGUGUUCGACCUGGUGGAGCUGGAGGUGCUGAAGCUGGAGCUGAUCCCCGACGUGACCAUCCCGCCCAGCAUCGCGCAGCUCACGGGCCUCAAGGAGCUGUGGCUGUACCACACGGCCGCCAAGAUCGAGGCGCCCGCCCUGGCCUUCCUGCGCGAGAACCUGCGGGCACUGCACAUCAAGUUCACGGACAUCAAGGAGAUCCCUCUGUGGAUCUACAGCCUGAAGACGCUGGAGGAGCUGCACCUGACGGGCAACCUGAGCGCGGAGAACAACCGCUACAUCGUCAUCGACGGGCUGCGCGAGCUCAAGCGGCUCAAGGUGCUGCGGCUCAAGAGCAACCUGAGCAAGCUGCCUCAGGUGGUCACGGACGUGGGCGUGCACCUGCAGAAGCUGUCCAUCAACAACGAGGGCACCAAGCUCAUCGUCCUCAACAGCCUCAAGAAGAUGGCCAACCUGACGGAGCUGGAGCUGAUCCGCUGCGACCUGGAGCGCAUCCCCCACUCCAUCUUCAGCCUCCACAACCUGCAGGAGAUCGACCUCAAGGACAACAACCUCAAGACCAUCGAGGAGAUCAUCAGCUUCCAGCACCUGCACCGCCUCACCUGCCUUAAGCUGUGGUACAACCACAUCGCCUACAUCCCCAUCCAGAUUGGCAACCUCACCAACCUCGAGCGCCUCUACCUGAACCGAAACAAAAUCGAGAAGAUCCCCACCCAGCUCUUCUACUGCCGCAAGCUGCGCUACCUGGACCUCAGCCACAACAACCUGACCUUCCUCCCUGCCGACAUAGGCCUCCUGCAGAACCUCCAGAACCUAGCCGUCACAGCCAACCGGAUUGAGGCGCUGCCCCCGGAGCUCUUCCAGUGCCGGAAGCUGCGGGCCCUACACCUGGGCAACAACGUCCUGCAGUCGCUGCCCUCGCGGGUGGGCGAGCUGACCAGCCUGACCCAGAUCGAGCUGCGGGGCAACCGGCUGGAGUGCCUGCCCGUGGAGCUGGGCGAGUGCCCUCUGCUCAAGCGCAGUGGCCUGGUGGUGGAGGAGGACCUGUUCAACACUCUGCCCCCUGAGGUGAAGGAGCGGCUCUGGAGGGCCGACAAGGAGCAGGCCUGAGCACCCGCGGGCGCCGCCGAGUGUGGGUGGCCUGGAGCGGCCGGCAGCGGGGCCUCCGGGGAGGCCUCAGGCCCGGGAACCCCGAGCCCCGGACAGAGGCAGGAGCUGGGGCCUGGCGACAGGACCGCACCUGAGGGGCUGGCCCCUUUUCUCCUGAAACUGAUGCCCCCCCAGGGCAGGUGCCUGAGGGGGAGAUCAGAGACCUGAGUCUGUCUCCAAGCGAGUGCAGUAUUUGGACAAUCAGGGCCUCCUCCCUGGAGGCCAUCUCUGCCCCAGAGGCCGAGCCCAUGCCAGAGGUCCAGGGACACCUACUUAUUUCUUGGUAUUUAUUUUUGCCACCUCCCAUCGCCUCCCUCCAGAUAACUUAUACAUUCCCGAGAAAGUUCAGCUCAGAUGGGGGGUUGUUUGAGGAAGGGUGGGCUGUAUUUCCCUUUUCCUUUUUUUUGGUGACGCCCCCAGAAUUUAGUGCCCACCCAGACUUGAGCAGAGCAGUCCAGGGUGAACCAGCUGUGGGACCGUCAUCCCAGAGGUGCCAGGCUGGGCUCUGGUGGCACAGCCUGUGGGAAAUCAGGCCACCAGGUGGAGAGGCCAGGCCUGGGGUUUGCCGCGACAAUUUAGAUUUUUUUUUUUUUAAGUAAAAAAAAAAAUUUUUUUUUAAAGCUUUGAAAAUUGAUGGUUUCGGUAUUAAAAGAAAAAACUAAAAAAAAAAAAAAAAA